GCCUGCUUUGCCUUCAAACUUCCAGAAGCGGGUGCACUUAGGGUUCGUAGUGGUGGAGUAAUAGGUUGCUACAAAAGUUUCAAUUUUUUGUAAAUUCGUGAAGGAAACGUUUUAUAUGGAACUGUGCGCACAUCUGAAAGGCUUAAGCUGGUGGUGUUUUGCGAUAUAGCCAAAGUAAGUUUCUUUUUAAAGUGCUCUACUUCUGUUACUAGCUAUAGCUUCCACGUUAGCAAUCCAUGGGUUUUCCUGUUCCUUCCGCGAAAUAACACGUAGCUGUGACAGCAACAGGUCGAAAGGCAGUAUGAGUUUAUUCGAGAUAAGUGAAAACGUCAAGCUUGCACGGGAGUAUGCCUUGCUUGGAAAUUACAGUUCUGCUGCCGUGUGUUACCAAGGGGUUCUCGAGCAGAUCAAGAAGUACCUUUUCUCAGUGAGAGAUACUGCCUUGCAGCAAAAAUGGCAACAGGUUUGGCAGGAAAUAAACGAAGAAAACAAAAAUGUGCGUGACAUCAUGACUACUUUAGAAAGCUUUCAACUGGACACUGCCCCCUCCAAACCCACCAACGUUAAUCAAGAUAAUGAUAUUUGGCCUGUCCAAGUGGAGAGAAGGUCCUCCCCCUGUCCUGUGAGGAGGGCCCCAGCGCCGUACAAGGACAACAAACAGCACAACAAGCGGCUGAGCGCAGGCCCCCGGGCUCAGCACCACCAGCCACCGCGAGGGCCCAACGGUGACCGGCCCAAAGCACCCAAAGGAAAGGAGAAGAAGGACAACGCCAGCAAGAACAAAUCAGACGUUUCUGAAACGGAGGUAAAAAGGUUCGACAGGGCCGGGGAAGACAAAGAUCUGGUGGACACUUUGGAAAGAGACAUAAUAUCUCAAAAUCCAAAUGUUAAAUGGGAUGAUAUCGCAGACUUGGAGGACGCUAAGAAACUUUUGAAAGAAGCUGUUGUCUUGCCCAUGUGGAUGCCAGAGUUCUUCAAGGGAAUCAGGAGGCCAUGGAAGGGAGUGCUAAUGGUUGGGCCACCAGGAACAGGGAAAACACUGCUAGCCAAAGCAGUUGCCACAGAAUGCAGAACCACCUUUUUCAACGUCUCUUCAUCCACGCUCACUUCCAAAUACAGAGGGGAAUCAGAAAAACUGGUGCGCCUGCUGUUUGAAAUGGCUCGGUUCUAUGCUCCCACCACCAUAUUCAUAGACGAGAUUGACUCGAUAUGCAGCCGUAGAGGAACCUCUGAAGAGCAUGAAGCCAGUCGGAGGGUUAAGGCUGAACUACUGGUCCAGAUGGAUGGUGUGGGUGGUUCAAUGGAGUACGACCCUGCCAAAAUGGUGAUGGUGCUGGCCGCCACCAACUUCCCCUGGGACAUCGAUGAAGCUCUUCGCCGUCGCUUGGAGAAGAGGAUCUACAUUCCUCUGCCCUCAGCAAAGGGAAGAGUAGACCUACUGAAGAUAAAUUUGAAGGAGCUGGAGAUAGCUAAUGAUGUGAACAUGGACAAGAUCGCCGAACAGAUGGAAGGAUAUUCAGGAGCAGAUAUUACCAAUGUGUGCAGGGAUGCGUCACUGAUGGCGAUGAGGCGACGAAUUGAGGGCCUGACACCCGAGGAGAUCCGGAAUAUCUCCCGCGACGAGAUGCACAUGCCCACCACCAUGGAAGACUUUGAGGCGGCACUCAGGAAGGUGUCCAAGUCCGUAUCUGCGAUCGACCUGGAGAAGUACGAGAAGUGGAUUGCAGAGUUCGGGUCCUGCUAAGAGGGGGACAUUCGCUGGGAAAUCUGACCUGCGGCGAAUGAAAGGGUUACUAAUGAACAGACCUUUUAAGGAUUCUGGUAUACAUACCAAUCCACAAGCUACUAUGAAGUUUGUCCAAAUGUGGACUUACAAGUCCUAUUCAGUUGAAAAACGAAUAGGCAAGAUAUGGAAGUUGAUGCCGCUUCUUGCAUUGAUAUCUCGAAUAAGCAACACAUUAGUUUGCCAGCAUUGAAGGGUCUGUAUUCUGAUUUUGCAUUCCAGUUGUUUUGAAAUGUAUUGUAGUUUUUGGCCCAAUGUUCUGUGCAGCUGAUCACUGAAUGAAAACUCAGCACUGACAUGUCAAUUUAGAAGAAUAUGUGGCCACGGACACGAACUUCCAAUCAUCUGAUAAGCUAUACGAAGUGAUGUUCUGACCUGAAGGUUAAGACAAAAGUGUCCUUAACUUUACCCCAUGGGAUGUCUUCCUUGGAGAAUGCGGAGCUAUGCACAUUCCGUUUUUAUUCAUCGGGUGUUGUCUGACUGAUCACAGAGCUAAAGGUCGUGUUCUGUAACGUAGGAGCUCUCACCCGCUCAGCCUCUACUGCCAAAGCACUCAACAGCCAAAGGUUUAAAACCUAUGGUUUUUAUAGUGAUGUAGUGCUUCAAAGCUACACUACCUGAUGAUGGGUCUUCCCUAUUGUGUGCACUACAUAUUUGAAGCACCAUUUGUUUUAUGCAAUAUAAUGGACCAUUGUUAUUAAGAUGUUGACAAUCAUAAUAAACUAAUUAAAUUAAAUGUAA